AUGGCGACACUAUUCGGCAGCCUCCCAUCGGCUGCGAUGCGUAAUCGAGGCCGGAGUACGGCACUUGUGAGUUCGACUGGGAACAGUAAAGAGCGUUCAUUACAGUGGGUGUAUGACGACGAGACGAGCAAUUGUAUGCAUUGCAAUACGCCCUUUACAGUGAUCACUCGCAAACAUCAUUGUCGACGCUGUGGCAACGUUGUGUGUCAUAAUUGUUCACCCCACAACCGCCGUAUUUCAUCCACGGACCCAUUUCCAAUGCGGGUUUGCAAUACGUGUUACGCUGCAGUAGAUGAACACUUUGCAUCGCUGGAAUGGUCGGGCCACUCGUCAGCAGAGAUUGAGAGCAAACCCGACCCAGUUAUUGAAGGACGGGUGCAUAUUGGACAACUGUAUGUGAAAGUGGUGGAGGCAAUUGGACUGCCGUCGACAGACUCGAUAACAAGUGACCCAUUUGUACGCCUGAGGCUGACGGGCAAAUGGUCGCAUGGACAGGAAUGGGGAAACGACUUGAGGAACAUCAAGUGCACGAAGAAGAAGUCGCGCACGCUUAACCCACGCUGGCAUGAAACGUUCGUGUUCAAUGUGUGUGCACCUGGAGCUGAGCUGGUGUUCGAGGUGUACAACUACGGUCAACUGAGUCAACCUACGAAGCUGGGCGAGGCUACUAUUCCACUUUCGCAGAUUAUGGACCAGCGACGACAUAACAAGUGGCUGGAUCUAUUGCUGCCGGAAAAGCUUCAUCGCGCAGGACUUAAUAAUGAUGCGCGAGCAGGACGCAUUCACAUCCUGCUUCACUACAAGUUUUCACGAAUGGCAGAAUUCUGCAGCUACUUUUCGUCGGAGCAGGACUAUGUCUACGAAUGGCCAGAGUUUCAAGCAGCACAACUGUACAGCAAUUUCUGGGUGCUGUUGGAUAACCUCUGGCCGUAUCUAGAGGUGAUAUGGCAAAUAUUGCCAACCCUCAACUGGGAGCACCCGACGCACUCGUUCAUGUGCUUUGCACUUUGCGUAUGGUUGUGCCUCUCGCUGCAAUGGCUACCGGUAGUCUUCCAUCUCGCUCUCAUUGCGUUCGUACUCCGCAACUACUUCGAGGUGAACUUCCACUCGUUCGCAGCUGCAGGCGAGAAUAAGGAUCAGCCCGGUAGUGCAAACGCAAAUCUAGACAAUGACAUGAGCAAUGGCUCGUUUCGCCAAUAUAACCUUCCAUCGGGUUUCAACCACUUGAUGAACAAGAUGACUCACGUUACUAUCGACCAAGAGACGAAGCGAACAUUGCAGUCCGUGCAGAACAACAUGGCUUGGUGGUCGAGUAUCAUUAACAACCUUGAGCUCAUGUUCUCGUGGGAAGACACGUUUUAUACGGCUCGCAUACUGCUCUACCUCAUCGUGAGCUGUGUGCUGCACAUCGUAAUUCCCAACAAGUACCUGCUGCUAGCACUCAUGGUGUAUCUCUUCAUCCAGUGGACAGUGCCAUUUAUGUGGCUCAAGCACUUUAUCUCCGCUAUCCGCCAGUCCAUUCGUUCCGUAGUGCAUCAACACCAACUUCGGAGCACAAUGGCACAGGCCGAUUUAAACGCAAGACUGUCUGGUGGUCUUAUCCAACCUGAUCCGUCACGAACCAUGCGUCGCACUGUCUCAAACGCCAGUACUCGAGCACGCGCUCGUGUAUCGAAGAAAGAGGAAGCUUUUGGUGCUGCAGCGUCGGCCAUUUCAGAGAGAUUCGUUGUCUCUGGAGAACCCAGCAGCACUUAUAAGAGGAAAUGA